AUGAAGUUGACGUGGUUUCGCUCAUACUUGCGUAAAAAAAAUGUAUUUGGUAGUUCUGGAUUUGAAAAUGUCUACCUAAUAGAGAAGAAGAUCCACAAUAAACUUAUUGGAUUACACAAUUGGAUAUAUUUUGCCGAGGAAGAACUGAGUGGAAGACUGAAUUAUUUAGGAUACACUCGUUAUGUUAAGUUAAACGACAAAGCUGUUCUUGUUAACGUACAAUUUUCAUUCGAUGAGCUUAGAAAAGGAUCUUCCUUCUUUAUUGGGACGCCUCCCGAAGUUGAAAUUGCGCUCGACACUGUUUGUUUUUAUGUGAAACCGGGAAAAUCUUGCAGAAUUUACACUCAAGGAAAUACAUUUACAAUACAGACGUAUGUCAAGAAGAGCGAAGGAAAUAACUUGGUAGCAUCAGCAUAUCCACGCCUUUGA